AUGCCGCCGAAAGCUGGAGCUGGAGGCACCCGGGCUGGCAAGAAGAAGAAAGACGAAGCUAGGUUGCAACAAUCACAGGUCCCAGCCCUCGGCUUGCCUGCUGCUGCCCAGGAUGACUUCGACAUGGACAAGGAGAUGAGCCAGGCCCUGCAGCGAUGCAACUCCAAGCUCUCCAGGAGCCGCUGGGAAGCACCUGUCGGCUCGAAGAAGUCGGCAUCUGUUGCCCGGAACCUGGAGCAGCAAUUCGAGGGUGCAGCUGCAGUGGAGACUCCGAUCCGCUCUCCAUACACGAAGAAGCCUCGUGUCACCUCCCCGACCGUAGAGGAGCUGGACACACUACGUGAGGACGGUUCCGAGGCCGGGCUUCUUUCCCGGCUGGAUCUAGUGGCGAAUGAAGAUGAUGAUAUGGAUCGCGAUCUCAAGGGCCACAAUCCGAAGAAGUCGCAGGACCGCAAGCCCUUGAAGUCCAAGGAUGCCAGUCCCGAGACCCACAAUCCCGAGAAGUCCAUGCAGGAGGCCCACAAUCCCAAGAAGUCCAUGCAGGAGGCCCACAAUCCCAAGAAGUUUAUGCAGGAGGCCCACAAUCCCAAGAAGUCCAUGCAGGAGGCCCACAAUCCCGAGAAGUCCAUGCAGGAGGCCCACAAUCCCAAGAAGUCCAUGCAGGAGGCCCACAAUCCCGAGAAGUCCAUGCAGCAGGCCCACAUGCCCGAGAACAUGAAGGAGGCCCACAAUCCCGAGAAACCCGUGAAAGAGGUCCACAAUCCCGAGAAGUCAGUGCUGGAGGCCCACAUGUUCAAUCCCGAGAAGUCGCAGGAUCCCGAUUGCAAGGUCCAUCAGUCUGGAGAUGGUGGUACGGAAGUGUCCCAGGGUACCCAGCAGUCAACUGUAGCCUCUAUGCCAAGUCCACAUGGGGGCCAAGCCAAGCUGAACCGCCCGCGGCACCUGGACUCGCAGACCACGGUGAGCCUUGCCGACUCGAAGGCCUCACCGAGCAGGGCAGAUGCGAUCUGUUUACAACUGAUCGACAGAGGCUUGCCCGAGCCGAGUGAUGAUGAUGUUGACCUGCCCACGUCCCUCAUGGAAUUCAUUUUCAAUCAGGGUGUGGACACUGUCGGCAGGAUGAGCGAUGUUGACAAAGCUGCAGCGGUGGUUCGAUGGACACGGGCGAUCGGCAAGAAACAGCAAUCGAACUUCGACCUUGACCCGCUCUGCGGCUACAUGGCUAAGGAGCUGCAUGGGUGUGCGACUGAUCUGAAGAAUCAGCAGGCAAUCCUCCAGAAGGCCACCACUGACUACGAGAAGUACAUGAAUGUUAUCUUGGGGUUGGGCGACAAGAAGCGAGGCGAACUCCAAAGGUCUGAGACCGAUCUCAAGAAGCUUGGAGCCGGACUAGACCAGAUCAGCAGCUGGGUGGAAGGGAAGCUUCGGGAGAGACAGGGCAUCGUCGCCUCAGAGACGGAGAAGGCAAUGCAGAUUCAGCUGCGGUUCGCUUCGGCCCUGGAAUGCAUUAUGGAUGUUGUGCAGCAAGAAUGCGAGAAUCGCUUGGCAGCUGUCGAUGAGACUGUUACCAUGGAUCUCGAAUGCCAGCUGCAGGCACUGAUGCUGGAGACCCAAGGCGCCGACGAAGCAGCCGGCCAUGCGAGCCCACCUGGAGCCGGCGACCCACAGCUGCUGGCGGUGAAGGACGAGGCGCCCAGCCAUGAUGAUCAGCCGGUGGCCUCCACGGCCACCCCGGCCUCGACCGGAACCGAGGACAAGCCAGUCGCGAGCCCGAAGCAGACUGAGCCUGGGACAGCUGUUGCUGAUGUCGAGGAUCCGCUGGCCUCGGCAGAAGCUGCAAAGGAGGCCAAGAGACUGGCACACAAUGCUCGGGUGACGUUUGAUCGCAGAAUCAAGGGUGGCGACUGUCCGCCUGCGAUCCUCGACAAGGUCCAGUCCUUCCAGGGCCAGCCGAAUCGCCUCAAGCUCUUGCAAGCUCUGUUCCACGACUGGCACCAGAACGGCGGCGACUGGAUGCGAACGGCUGCUUAUCAAGAGAGUGAGAGGAGGACAAGUGAUGAAUCCAAAGGAAAACAGAAGAUGAUAAGUUUCAAGGCACUCAAAGAGAAGUACGGCAAGAAGCUGGCUGAGCGAAUAAGGGACAACAAGAAACAGCAAGAGGGGUCACGUAAUGCCAAAGUGGAACCCCGCCCGUUCUGGUUCAAGCACCCGGACUGGGAAAUGUACCGGUGUUUUGAUUCUCUUGAGUUUGAACUCAAAGACGUGAGCUCCUCUUCGACUGGCUUCAGUUCCCGAGCGAAUCUCGGACCGGAAGCCAGCAGCCAACUUGCGUCUACGAUGCAAGACAUGGUGCUGCAACCCGGAGCAAAGCGGGCGGAGUUCGGCCUCGGCGGUCAGGCUGCUCUGCUCCCCUCCAACUCCACGGAGUCCUUGCAGGGCCAGCAGCCGGAUGGGAACAAGCAGGGCACGAAGAAGGUCAAUGCUUUUGGCCUCACCCGAAAGCUGAACAGCAAGAUACAGGCGAUUGCUGCAAAGCAGACAGAGAUCUUCGUUUGGACCCGAAAGAUCGAGGACUCCACGGCCGAAGGCAUGUCGGAGAAGACGAAGGAGGGCUUCAACGACCAGUUGAGUGCGAAGAAAGCGGAUUUCGAUGCUUUGAAAAGCAAGAUGGAGGCCCUGUACAGCAGCUGCAGCCAAGUGAUGGACAAAGACCUCACGACGGAGCAGCAAACGGACAUAGCAAACUUGUUGCAAGCUGCUGAGACAUUGUCAAACGACCUGAAUGGGUCCUUGAGGCCCAUCAAGAUGACAUUGGUCAUCGCCUAUGUUCAACCAUUUGAUGCGAGCAGUUGGUCGUGGUGCCGCCUGAUUGCAGAUAUGCAGGAAUCCUUCACGAGUGCCCGCCAAUCGCUGCAAGCGAUGAAAGAGGAGAUGAUGAAGAACUACGGCCUGAAGAUGACCGGGCCGUGUGCGAAGCUAGAGGCCGCAGGAGCCCACGGGAAAUGGGGCAGCAACAUACAACGGGACAUGCUGCGGACAAGCAGCACUGGGGAUGAUGUUCCCAUCGAUAUGGUGGAUGUCCCGAUCAAGCCUGAGCAGGGCAAGCUGAAGAGAAUGAUCAAGUCGAUGCCGGUCGUGCUACCCCACAAACUGGAGCUCAGCCUUGGAAUGGAUACGAUCGCGGCCUACAUGGGGCCGGUGGUGGCCAGCUUCAACUUGCUGGUUGAAGGUGUACAAGUGUGCCGCUAUGGGGAGUCUUUGAUGGUGCACGGGAUGUGCACCGAGAUUCGCGGCGAUUGGAAGUGGCAGAAGGAGUUUACUGCUUGCUUAUUUUCCUAA